UUUACCGGUAGAAUGCAUUGUUUUCGAAGGACCUAUGAGCGACGACAUGCAAAAUGCUGGCUCCGUCUAGCCGGGAUUCGCAUGAAUAAUUAAGUGCGCGGCGCUGUGAUACCGAAAUUCGUCGAACGACAGAUGGCACAGGGAUCACAGAGGACAGAUAAAAGACCUGCUUUCUCAUAAUUCGUGUGGAUUCAGUCGUGGGAAUAAGCAAGAGAGCAACGUAGUUGAAUAACGUGCAGACAGAUUUACAGUUGCUAAAGGGGUUGCUUCUUCGAGUGAAAUAAGGUACUGACGGAGAAAGAAGCUGAAGUACUUGUGAUUCAACGCAUAGAAACGAAGUUCUACAAGACAAUGAGAACAAAUCGAGGACUCUCAAAAGCAUACGAGUGUGAAGACACCUUGCAAUUUCUGGACGAGACAUUAACAAGUUACAAGCAGAUGCUAAACAAAGAAAACGCGAUUAGCAGAAGUAAUCGUGCAUUUCCAAGAGAUAGCUGCACUGAUAACAGUGAAAAACAGGACGGAAAUUCAUCAGAUAGCAGUCGAAAGGAAAUCGCGUUCAAGAACUGGUUACAGACAGUGUUGACUGGUAGUUGUUCGAGAGAAGUCAUGGAUUCAGGACAUUCCAUAACAUGCGAAACUAGCCCCUAUCAUACAUGCAGACAUGAUCUUCAGAAGUGCGGCUUCAGGACAGAGCUUGAUUGUACUAAUGGCUGCAGAAGAAAGACUGAAACUUUUCCAGCUUCGUUUUUCACUGAAUGCAACUUAGGAAAGCCGGAUGAAAGGCGAUUUUGCGAACCGCUAAAAUCUCCUUGUCAUUCUUAUUCAUUAAAAAAUAACUACGAAUCAUCCACUAUUUCAAGCUCUUAUUCUUUCAACGAAGAGGAGCACGAAAAUUCAGCUGACGAUGUUUUCGGUUCGAUCUAUGACAGCAAAUUUUGUGGAUUUCAGUACGAGAUGGGUAAAUCAGAAUCGGGUGCUUGUAAAACUCGGAAUGGAUCAUGGUCAGAUUCUGGAUACUGUUGCGAUAAAUCUGACUCUGACAACAGCAGAUUCAGCAGUCUGUCUUUUGGUGAUAGCCAAAAGCUUAAAAACGAUAAUAAUAUAGAUUCCUGUUAUUCUGAAUUUUCGAAACAAACCGAUGACCAGAUGAUUGAAAAGAAAAUUGCAGAACUUUCUGAAACCAUACAGCGUAUGAGUUUCAACGGCGAAUUGAAGGACGCUGCAGAAUUGAACGAACAAGUAUUCGAUCCUGAGCUUUACACUGCCGAGGAACUGGAUAUAUUACAAAAACUACUGAAAAACCCCGAAAAUUCUCACGAAACAACGAAAGAACUUUCGGACAUUGGCCGGGAUAUCUCAUCAAACGGGUGGAAAAGAAGACACGCAAAAGCAAAACAGACGAUUGGUCAGUUUUUCCGAAAAUUUGUCGGAGGAAUCCGAAAGUUUUCGUCAGAAAAACAAGAUUCGAAAACGGAGAAAACGGAUUCUCGUUACUCAAUGGACAGCUGCAGAGAGGUAUCAUCGAAAUUGAAAAAAAGAUCAAAAACAAGAAACCGCUCACGUUCGCUGAGUCCAUUUCUGAAAAACCGACGCUCUUCAGCUGUGAAAACACCAAAGAAAAAGUUUUCUCUGUCAAAAAAAGGCAAUAAGAAAAUUCAACGCGCAAGCAGCUACUCCUCGUUAUUCGGACGACGAGGCAGUUUGUUUUCGCAUUACGAGCAAAGUGACAAUAUCCAACGUGCAAGAAGAUCAGUAAGCUUCAACGCUCUGCAUACGCAGGGACUUGAUUUCUUCUAUGAAGAACCAAAAGCAAAAUUCGUGGACCAACAAAGCGAAGAUGUGACGUUUCUCGAUGUCAUUGAUUACUGCUACUCGUGUAGAAUGUGUUCGUGUGAUUGUUGCGACCAGAUUUGCCCCUGCGAACAGUCUGCAGAUUUGAGUUUUCAUUUGAAAAAUGAGGAUUAUGUUACAGAGCAACAACUAGUACCACCUCUCAGUAUAAACGUUAGCGAGGAAAGAUCAGCUUUCACAAGAAGAAUCACAAAGUUAAGAGACAGUUCGUGACUUUGUUGAAAGACAGUAAUAUAAAACGAAAUUGAUUUUGAAUAGCCAGAGUUGAAUAGUAAUUUUUGUGAAUUUGUAAAUACAACUGUUGUUUUUAAAGAAUUUGUUUAUUUUGUUGAUUUUUAAAUGCGACAAAUAUUUAGUGGAACAAGAUACGGUAUUAAAUGCAAUUAAGAAGACUUGUCACCACGAUUUUUCACAAAAAUCAAAUUAAGGGUUCGACUGAAAGGCUAUGUUUGAAAUGAUUUAAAUUUAUAUGAUUGAGCUUAAGAAA